AUGGCACCUGUCACAGUUCAACUUCGAGAUGAUAUCAAGAAUCAUUUAGAUAGAAUCAUUGAGGCACUCGAGUCACAUCCCCUCUGGGUCAACAACAAGCACCCAAGCAUCUACUUUCUCCGGGACUUUGUGAAGCGUGGAAGAUAUAUGCUUUCAGAAUACGACAAUGUUCUGAACGGACUUCCUCUCCAACAUGCUGAUCAGUUUUGCAAUCCACCACGAGAAAGUGGUGAGAAUGCUGCAUUGAAGGUGUUUCAAGAAGUCUGUGGACGUACCAUGAUGUUGAAGAUGUUUGCGAACGAUACAACUGGUCGUAUGAGUAGUUUGACUGGAUAUGAAUCAAAUGAUGGUUUUCCAAUCGAUUAUGGAGACAAAGUCAAGCAAGCAGUCGAAAGCUUAGAGGCAGUCGUCCCCAAACAACAUAUGAUGGCUGGUUUGAUGGGAUGA